AUGAGUCAACACCAACAACUAACAGAAAAUUCAUCAUCGUCAUCACCCACCUCCAAACCUUCAUCAUCAACAACACAACAAGAGGAUGAUGAUCAAAUGGUUAAAGCACCACACGUUUCGGAAGAUGAUCAUCAUGCUGUAAAUAAUCAAGUAAUAAUGCAAGAAGAACAAGAACCUCAUAUAGUAGAACCAAUAACUUCAUCAUCAACAAACAACCAUCAUACACAACCAAUUUACUCCAUUAAUGAUGGAGAGGAAAUUGGAGAGAAGAAGGAAAUUAACACAGACAUGGACAUUACCACCCAACAACAAUAUAACAAACAAUCUCUUGUUAGUGGAGGUGUGGGGAAUGAUCAAACUCCGGAAUCGUCAUCGGAAGGAAUUUUAAUUAAACCAAGUCAUGGAAGUUUUCUAUCAUUUGAACAAUUGGUAGAAGAGGAAGCAAAUGCUCUACUUUAUGAUGAUAAUACUUUGGAAGAAAUGGAAUCAGAUAAUGUUAAUAACAAUGAGGAAAAGAAGAGUCCACAAACACCAAAUAGCAGUCUUGUAAAUAUGAUGGAUUUCUCUACAAUUUUAAGUAAUUCAGAGAAACUCCUCUCUACAAGGAAGGACGAUGAGGAAGAAGAAGAAGAAGAGGAGGAAGAACCAAUUUCAACAAAACCAAUUCCACUCCAAUCUAAAAUUAUUCACACAAAGAGUGAGGGAAAUUUGGAUACAUUUAUUACGAGAAGAAACAGAACUGAAACUUAUCCUUCAACUCCAACCUUGUUAAAACAGAGAAUAAUGCAAAAGUACAAACAGCAAAUUCAACAACAAUCAAGUUUUGCAACUGAUACGGAUACAGAUGAUGAUAUGUUACUGACAAGUAUGUCUCAAAAUAGAUACUUUAGGUUGUUUUCUUUAAUGAUUGCUAAAUUUUUCAGAAUUCAAUCAAGAGUAAUUGCACCUAAUGGUAGUAGCCCUCAAAGUAUUGAAGCAAUAAGGAAACAAGAAAAAGCAAACAGAACUAUACAAAGAGAUAUGUUAACUAUGUUUAUUAGUGGAUUUUCAAUGUUUGGAAUUUUUGCAAUUAUUUGGUAUAAUAUUUACUUUAAUACAGAUGUAUUGAAAAAUAUAUUGGAAGGACGAGAUAAUUUGACUGAAAGAUUUUACUUUACAAUGAAAUGUAUAUUUGUUAGCUCUUGGAUAUUUCCACUUGUAUUUGUGGCCAUUGUUAGGAAUAGACUUUUUGAAGAAGCGAGUAAUCCACUACUAACUAAUUUAAUUAAUAAGGAACAUCAAUUAAGGAUAACUAUUCAUCAAAGAGUGUUACAAAAUUCAAUUGAGCAGUUUAUAAUGCAUUCAAUGGGCUGUCUCAUACUUGGUUAUUAUGUUUCGAGAGAAAAUCUUAGAAUUAUUGUAUUUGCUUCUAUAACCUUUCUACUUUGUAGGAUUUUCUUUUGGAUUGGAUAUACUAUUCACCAUUCUCUUCGAACUUUGGGAAUGUUGACAAAUGCUUGUACAACUAUUGCAAUGUUGUGUUUUUCAACUUAUUACAUUACUACACAAGAUAUUCUGCCGUUCAUUAUUAAUGAUAUUAUUUUACCAAUAUUUGUUAUUUUCUCAGCCUAA